AUGGCGCGAAAAGAGGAACCAAAAAUACAACCCAACAAUGAAUUGGAAAAGAAAAUUAUUGAAGCAUUCGAAGUAUUUGAUCAUUCAGGAAAACAAGUUGUGGACGUAAGAGAAAUCGGGACAAUUCUGCGCUCCUUAGGUUGCUGUCCAACGGAGGCCGAAGUGCAAGAAGUUAUAUUGGCUACUGAAAACAAAGAAGCGACAGGCAACGUACCGCUUAUAAACUUUUUGCCUUACAUGUGCAAAGCAAUGAUAGAACAUAGAUUUUAUCCCGCAAGUGCGGAGAUUUUACUUGCCGCCUUUCGAUACUUCGAUAAAGACGGUCGUGGUUAUCUAACAAAAGAAAGAUUUACUCAGUUGAUGUUAGAAGAAGGAGAACCAUUUUCACAGGAAGAGUUCGACGAAAUGAUGCAAACAGCAUUGGAUCCCGUAACGAGCAACAUCACAUAUGAAUAUUAUAUCAACCAACUUAUGGUUGCACCAAAACUUGUUUACGAAAUAGCUGACAUGCUUGAAGAGGAGAGAAAAAGAUUGGAAGCAGCUGCACCUAAGAAAAAACGAGCUUCGGAACUAUUGCGAGAAACACAAAAAUGACAAAUACACAGAAAGCUAAUGUAAAAGUCGAUGAUGAUAUUGGUGACUCAACAGAACCACUAAAAUCUUAAAGUUUUCUAAAUUACUGUGAGAUAUAAUAAAAAAUGCUU